CACCAUGUUGCCGAUGUCAGCUAUGUAAGAUAUGGUCCUCAACGGCAGGUCCAUUAAAGCCUCCUGAUGGCCAGAAAUCACAUGAGAUGCUUGAGAUGAGUUGAGGGUUCCUCAGCUACCAACAAUGUGGAGGUCAUCAUUCACCUUCUUUUCUCCUCCCACCCUUCCUCUCCAACCCCUGGCUCCCCGUUUCUCCUCCUCCUCCUUCCUGUGUGCUGCCAGUCCUUGAGCUGGAGAGACACUCAAACACCCCAGAAAAGUAUUAAGCGAAAAACAAUAACUUUCUUUGCGUCUUUUAUUCUCUGGACUUCAUCAGUGAGCGAUGGCCUUUUUCUUGAAAAACAAAGCUGCGAUGCUCCAAAUCUACCUCUUGACUUUUGUCGGGCUCGAAGCCACAGCCCAAGCCCACAGCCGGCUGCUGCCAGGCUCAUGCAACUUUGAAUCCAACACCUGCGGAUUUACGUCAGACGCAGACUUUACAAGCUGGGUCCUGCACAGAGAUGGACAUUUUGUUGCCGUGGAAGCCGUGAACGAUGACGUGGAGGGGAGCUCAGGUUCAGAUGUCGAACCAAAGGAAGAAGUUUUGGGAUUCCUGUUGAGUCCGUUCCUGGAACACGACGAGUGGAGCUGCAUGAGGCUCGUCUAUCAGAUCACAGAAUCAGCAUACCUGGAGGUCCUGCAGAGAAAUGAAGGAAGGAGCUUUGAUAAGCCGUUAUGGAGCAGCCAGGCGCCGUCUGACAGCUGGGUCAUUGCGAGCGUGGAUCUACAGAACUCCUCCGAGCCUUUCAGGAUUGUGAUUAAUGGUAGAGCCGGACCAAGCGCAGGGAGCAGCGUGGCUGUCUUUGAGAUCCACAUCAGCCCUGGAUACUGCCUGGAGUGUGAUUUUGAGGAGCCUCAUCUGUGCGGCUACAAUAACCAGUGGAACGUUAAUGUAAACUGGUAUGUGGGAGGAGGUGGAGUGCAGCUGCCCUACAACAACAUGCCAGAUGAUCAUACAUACCACAACAAGACAGGUCACUUCAUGUAUGUCGACUCCAGCUACACCAAGACCUUCAGAGAGGUCGCCAAACUUGUCUCUCCAAUGGCGACGAUGCCGUUGUCCGGCUGCCUGAGCUUUCAAUACCAGCGCAGCGAGGAAAGAGGAAACCUGUUCUCCGUUUUCACCCGGGACCGCCUGGGCCAGUACCAGGAGCUGUGGAGGGCGGGGUUGGAGAACCGGGUCGACUUCAGCAGUGCUCCAGGAGAGUGGAUACAUGUGCAGGUGGACCUGAAGGCACCAUACUCAGUUCAGGUGGUUUUUGAAGUGGGCUUUAACAGCCCGAGAGGCGGGCACGUGGCACUUGACGACAUUUCCUUUUCUCCAGAGUUUUGCAACACAGACACAGAGCCAACCUUCGACCCCUCCAUCGCCAACUGUGAUUUUGAAUCUGGUCUCUGCCUGUACACUCAGGACCGGGCCAUCGGAUCGUCAUGGAGGAGAGUGUCGGUGAAGCCCAACAUAUUCAGUAACGGAGACCACACCACAGGAGCAGGAUCCUUCCUGUUGGCUCAUUCCCGGCUGGGCCCACGGUCCGGCUACGUUAGCAGUGUGAUCAGUCCCACGCUGCCAGGGAACACCAAGUUCUGCCUGAGGUUUUAUUUCUCACUGAGAGGUUUCAACCAGACGGAGCAGGCGUUGGCGGUUUAUCUGCUGCAGCAGGGGGGCAAGCGGGAGAAGAUCUGGACCCAGGCUGAAAAGUCGAGGGGAAUCUGGAUCUUAGCAGACGUGACCUUCCAGACGUCGCAGCCUGCCAAGAUGGUUUUCGUCAGCACCUGCAGGAGUUUCUGGGACUGUGGCUCCGUGGCUCUGGACGAUAUCAGUCUGAACCUCGGAGACUGCGACCUGACGGCAGGUUUUCUGUCCUCCUCCUUUUCUGGACACUGUGACUUUGAGUCCGGACUCUGUGGAUACACUCAGGAUAAACGCAGGGAUUCUGCUGACUGGCAGCGAAGGAGAGGAUCCACUCCGACUUCCUACACGGGACCCAGAGGUGACCACACCACAGGUCUUGGAUACUACAUGUACAUCGAGGCGUCGCCCAUGCUGCCGGGCCAGAGUGCGCGGCUGCUGUCCCGUCCUAUCAGAGGAACCAGGGGGCCUCAGUGUCUCCGGUUCUACUACCACAUGUACGGUUCGAGAACAGGGGAGCUCAGGGUGCUCGCCGACAAGGAUGGAGAGGAGGAGUUGCUAUGGCAACGGAGCGGUGAGCAGAGCAUCGCCUGGCUGAGAGCCCACGUGGGGUACCAGAGCCAGCGCCAGCAUCAGAUUGUGUUUGAAGCAACCCGGGGAUCUUCAGUAAGGAGUGACAUUGCCAUUGAUGACAUUAUGUUGGAGAGUGGACCUUGCCCAGACAUGGAGGUCGGAGACACCGUGGGAAGCUCCAAUGAGAUCGAGUAGAGCAAGGCUAAUAUCUGCUGUAGGAUGCAUGCCACCCCCCAAUUUUCCCACUUUUAUUUUGCACAUGAGACAACCUGAAGCGUUGUUGACUCCUACAUGUCAGGCAGAACAUGUGGAAUAAAGAAACUCUAGAUGUA